GAGAAGCAGUCUCGAAACCGAAAGUAGAUUGCAUGCAUCAGCAACGUUGGCUAGGCGGAAGUGCUUUGGCAAGUGAAUUCUCCUGUCUCUGUAGUGUUUACUUUGCGGGUUGUGGCGUUGAGAGGGGCUCGCUGCCAAGUGCGCCCCAGCAACCUCACUUGAGCUUAGCAGGAGCAUGGCAUCCAGCCUAGCGGAAGAGCUGGUGUGCCCCAUUUGCCUGGCCAUCUUCCGGGAGCCGCAGAUGCUCGCCUGCGGCCACAAUUACUGCCUGUCUUGUUUGGAGAGCUGCGUCCCCAAAGGGAAGACGACGGGGACGUGUCCGGAAUGCCGCGGCCCCUUCAAGCUGAGAGAGCUCGCCUGCAAUCGAGCUCUGGCAAAUCUAGCCGCGAAAGCCCGCAAACUCAAGCUGGAGCCAGAGACCCUGCAGAGCGCUGCUACGGCAGGCUUCUGCGAGGAGCACGAGGAGCCCUUAAAACUCUUUUGCCGCCAGGAUCAGGUUCCCAUCUGUAUCAUCUGCCGAGAUCUGCCCCACCAUCGAGGACACGCCUUCUUGCCUACCAAAAACGCCGUGCAACAAGCCAAGGGGAAACUGAAACCAAUCCUAAAGCCUCUGAAGAGACAUCUAAAGGAGUCCUCUGAGGAUGAAUUGGCUCAACAGGAGGAAAUUGAAGAACUGGAGAGAUGCACUGAAAAUGUUUUGGGUCACAUUUCCAGUGGAUUUGCGGUUCUCCACCAAAUUUUGGACAAGAAGGAACAAGGCAUUAAGAAGACAGUACAGAAGAUGAGGAAGGAGAACCUCAAGGAGAUGGAGAGUUCCUUAAGCCUUCUGAAAGAGGAAGUGUCUUCGUGUACUGAGACCAUUGCCAAAGUCAAUUCAGCACUAGAAUCCACAGAUCAUAUUGCCUUUCUCAAGGGCUUGAAGGAACUGAUGGAAAAAAUUGAGGACAUUCUGCCUGGUGAGGUAGAAGAUGAGGACAAUGACGAAGAAGAAGAAAAUGAAAGUAGUGAGAUAUGGGAAGAUGUGGAGGAGGAGGAGGAGGAGGAGGAGGAGGAAGGUGAUGAGGAGGAGGAAGAGGAGGAGGUGAUAUCAGUGGACCCAGCCCUUAAGACAUUCAAGGAUUUACUAGACUUUGCAGCUUGGAAGAAAAUGUUGGAAGGUAUCAAGCCCAAGCACAUGAACUGAUUUCUCAUGGCAUUUCUUCAGUGAAUCACUAAAGGGAGCCAUGCCCUAUUUCAGAAGAAACUGCUUUCUUUCUGAUGCUCUGCUCAGUUGCUCUACUCAGCUCCACAUGAUGGCUUGAAAUUGCACUAUUGCACUAACAGUGCCUUGAUUAUUAUUUUUCCCCAUCUGCAUUCCUGCUGCUAAAGUUGCUGCAGUUCUUAUUUUAAUGCAGGGAGUUCUUGCUUUUGAAUGUUGUGGAGAAACCAUGAAACUGGAUGAAAACUUCAGUCCUAGUUGGAAAUGAAUGGUGGCAAUUAGGCCUGUGUGAAGCUGCAGCAAAUUCUGAAGCUCCUUGCAAGUCCCUUUCACCUUGGGAUGGGGUUGGUGGUGGACUUGGGUGGGACCUUUUAGGUAAACCUUAGGAUAAGGCACUUCUUGAAAUGUAGUCCAUCCUUUGACUACCUAAUGGAGAAGGCCCAGGGAUGGACUGCAUUUCCCAGACACCCCUGUGAUUUUCCUAUUAGUGCUUAGGGCAUGGGAUGAGCCUUAUCUUAAGGGCCCUACCCAAGUCAGAAACCUGGGGAGGCUUUCUGCCCCCCACAAUUCCCUGCAGGGGCAAAGGGACCUGCGGGAGCCUCAGAGUUUCCUGCACCUUUGUCUAGGCUCUGAAAUAUCUCCCUUGCAGAUGGGGCCAGUGCCAGGUACUGGGGUAAUCGAGGAUAUACCAAAGCCCACUUCCCAGCACAGAGCCAGUCUCCUAGCCUUGGUUCUGCUGCUGCUCCUCCACUAGCUCAGCUGACCUCGUUCUCUGACCUGGAGGCGGAGAGCGGGAAGGCAAGCAGUGAUGAUAGCAGCAGCAGGCACUCUCUUCUCCCCCCCCCCGCCACGCCCUUUGCUUUCCUACUCUCUCCCCCUGAACAGCAGUGGGGAAAAGAAAGCAAAUGCGCAACAGCUAGGGAUGGAGGAGGACGCCUAGCAGUAUCUUGCCAGGGACCUGCAAAAACCGAAGCCUGCACUGCCUACGAAUCUUAGUUCAUUGUUUGCAGACAAACUGCAUCAGUGUUAGCUGAAUGCUCUGUGGUCAUUUGAUAAAUAAAGCAUGUUAAAACAAAAUCAGUGUCGAGCAUUACAUCUGUAUCCCUCUUUCCCUCCAAGGAGCCCAGAAUGUUGUUGCGGUCUCAUCACAGGGAUACUGGCUCACCCAUGCGAGCACCUCCUUUGUUUUGUCUGCACCUGAUUACUGCUGGUUUCUUUUUAGUAAAUAGUUGAUUCAAGUUUGACAUGAUUUAUCAUUGGGACAACCUAUAAUCGAUGAAAUAAAACAAUUGAUAGCCCU